GUUCAAUUCCAUUCUGCUCUUCGCCAUUUUGUAGUUUUUGCUGCUUUGUACGACGGAAGAGCGGAAGCCGGUUAAAAUAUUAAUAAUGAAUAGGAUUCUGAGAGUGAGGAGCCUUAUUCCUCAGGCAAGGGCCAAUCUAUCAACAUCUGUUAAACGAUUUGACAAUGCUAAAGUUAGAAGGAAUCAAGAACGCUUCCAGCAUGCUGAUGGCAAGCCAGUGCAUCUGAAGGGUGGUCCAAUGGACAUGCCACUUUACUACUGUGCAUUUGCUUUCGUUGGUGGUUCUUGUGUCUACGCCUUGUAUGGAUUAUCCCAACUAAUAUUGAAGAAAUAGACAUUGAUCAUCUACGCUUGAACAUUGUAAUUGAUUUAUUCUACAACUUAAAGCUGGUUUAGAUAAAUAUUUUUUUGCUGUUUACCGAUUCAGAGUACAGACCAAGGCUCACAUCAGUCAUCAAAACAAGAAGGUAUAGCACGAAGUCUCCACAACGGAACGCUGCUUAUUUUAUCCGUCUCUUUUGGAGUCACCAUGUACUAUCUUUCAAACGGAAAGGGGGAAAAAUCAAAAACGCAAGACGUUGUAAAAUGACUAUACUGUACAAUGGAAAGAACUGAUAACCACAACCAGAUUAUAGACUCAUGCAAUGAAUGAAGAGAAUCUAUCACAUGAAUUACAAACUUGUUUGAUAGUUUUUACUGUAGCAUAGUAACUAUUGCAUCAAAACUAUUGCAUUGAUAAUUGUUCCAUUGUGUAUAUUCCAUAUUAUCAAUAGUACACUACUGGUAUGUAUCCGUGGCUGUCAUUUCAUCAUACUUUAUGGUAAUUAAUUAAUUAAGAACAAUAAUUUUGUCCAAUCAGAAACUCUGAUCACAUGCUUCUUGUUUUUCCCAUAAUGUAACUGGAAACCAUCAAUGUAUUAGCAUUCUAACAAAAUUGAACAAGUCAUCAGAAGAUUACUUGAGGAUUGAUUGUUAAAGUUUAAUGAUGUAAAGCAAAUAAUAAUUAAAGAAUGCUUUUGUUACAUUCAA